AGAGGGGGAGUUCUUUGCAGAACUGUUCUGUUCAGCAGCAGAAAGGGUUUCGUAAUCGUAGUUACAAGAACAAACUGCAGAAGGAACAUGGCUUUGACGGCUAAGAGUCACUCAGUCACAAUGAGUGAUGGGUUUAAAAUCCCACUCAUGGGGAUAGGGACAUAUGGGGAUCCAAGAACGACUCCUAAAGGAACAGCAUAUGAAUCAGUAAAGUAUGCCAUUGAAGUUGGAUACAGGCAUAUUGAUGGGGCAUUAGUGUAUUUCAACGAGCAUGAAGUGGGCCAAGCCAUCCGGGAGAAAAUUGCUGAUGGAACUGUCAAACGAGAGGACAUUUUCUACUGCGGGAAGCUAUGGAACACUUUCCACCCUCCGGAGCUUGUGAGACCAGCACUGGAGCGCACCCUCAAAACCCUGCAGCUGGACUACGUGGAUCUCUAUAUCAUUGAAAUGCCCAUGGCUUUCAAGCCAGGAGAUGUCUUCUACCCAAAAGAUGAGAAUGGGAAGUAUAUAUACCAUGAGACGGACCUCUGUGCAACAUGGGAAGCCUUGGAAGCUUGUAAGGACGCCGGCCUGGUCAAAUCACUUGGAGUGUCCAACUUCAAUAAGAGGCAACUUGAACUGAUCCUGAAUAAGCCUGGCCUAAAGCACAAACCUGUCUCGAAUCAGAUUGAGUGCCACCCGUACUUCACUCAGCCUAAAAUGAUGGAAUUCUGCAAGCAGCACAACAUCGUCAUUGUUGGAUACAGUCCUCUAGGAACAUCUAGAGAUCCAUUCUGGGUAAAUUUAAAGAGCCCUCCUUUGUUGGAGGAUGAGCUUCUGGUGUCUCUUGCCAACAAGUAUAAGAAGACGACAGCACAGGUGGCCCUGCGAUUCAAUGUCCAGCGAGGAGUCGUGGUCAUUCCCAAGAGCUUCAGUCUGAAGCGCAUUAAAGAGAACUUUGAGAUCUUUGACUUUUCUUUAACCGAUGAUGAAAUUAAGGCAAUAGAGGGGCUGAACAAGAAUGUCCGAUUUGUGGAGGUUCGCAUGUGGGAAGAUCAUCCAGAGUAUCCAUUCAAUGAAGACUAUUAGGCAUUUUGGGUUUUUACUGGAGCAGCAAACACUUCAGACAGCAGCACUGCCUCAUUUCAAUCUCAUCUGUUUUAUUAAAAGACGUAAUUAUGCUUAGUAUGUGCUUUGUAUGGAAGUUUAAAAAGGAUGAGUCAAACUCUAUUUUUCUACACCAUUAUCUUUACAUCAAUAACACAUUUUACCUGUGAUUUUGAAAACACAUGAUUAAAAAAACUGUUAUCAAGAAAACAUUUCUUAUAUAAAGGACAAUGACAAAAGAAAGUAACUCUUGCUUUUUCUAAAGUUGUGAGGUAAUAAACAGUUAAUUACUUUACUUACAAACAUGCUUUUUUGUAUUUGCCUUCAAAGUCAUCAUUAUUGUUACCAAAGGAAAGCUUACACGGGUUAAGCUGUAAGAGAUUGUGUGUUUUGGGCACAACUUGUCUAAACAGGGGCAGACCCAGUAAAUGUUCUGUCUGGGAUUGUUUCAAACUGACUGUGUGACUGUGGCACCAUGCCCUCAAUAAGCCUCCACUCUCUCUGCUGACUGUUGUUGUUACCUGUAUCUUAAAGCUGUGAAAGGUCUUAUUAAAUGUGAAUACACUUUA